GGACGAGUCCAGCGCAAUUGAAUCCACCUGUGCCGAAAUUUUUCCCGCUUUCCCUCACUGGGGACAACAAACCUCUUGUUUCCUCCCACCCAACCCUCCUCACCUCCCACACAUUCUUCCAAUAUGCCACCGCGGAUACCCAACGCUCCCUCCUCUCUCCUCCUCCAGAGCAGCGCCUGCAGCGGUAGCAGCAGCAGGUGUACAGCUUCCAGGUUGCCGACAUGGGCCUCCUCGUGCUCAUCUAGCUCCCCUCAGUCCUCCCAACCAACAACACAUCAGCAGCAAUGCUCGUCGUUCUCCACGACCGCGCCGGCGCUCGUCCAGUCCGUCCGUCGCCAGAAGAUGUUCGCUUGGUUGGAUAAAAAGGGAAGCCAAUACAAGGAACACACCAGGCAGGGACCGAAUCUUCUCGGCAGCAAAGGCCGAGACGGUCUUGAUGUGCCCUUCCCCAACAACCCUUACUUCAAGAGUCAGCCCGUCCUCUCCGAGGGCUCGCGCGAGAUCAUCUACAAGGAUGUCAUGGAGCUGGGUCUGCCUAUCAAGGCCGUGUCGGCCAAGUACAACGUCGACGUGCGCAGGGUUGCGGCCGUGAUUAGGUUGAAGGAGAUCGAGAAGCGCUGGAUUAAGGAGUACAAGCCCCUGGCCCGCCCCUACGCCAGAGCCGUGAUGAAGAUGCUUCCCCAAACCGUCCUCGGCGGCCCGGACCAAAAGCCCCACGAGUCCAUCAACGACGUGUACGUGCACAGCUACACGACGCAGCAGCUGUUUGUUCCGGUCUCGGAGUCGCGCGAGUUCACGCGCCAGGACGCCGCCAAGGCCUUUGGCGACCACAUCCUGCCCGUGGACAAGAAGCUGCGCGUUCCCGAACUCAUCGAGUUCCAGAAAGAUUUGCUCAAGGAGGUGCCCCUGCAGGAGGCGAACCAAAAGUUCCUCAAGGCGACGGCGGCGAGCGAGGCCAGGAUCGCCGAGGCCGAGGCCAAGCGUCGCCAGGCGGCUGAAGACGCCAUCACCCGCGUCAAGACGGACCGGUUCGAGUUCCGCUUCCAGGAGUUCAACGCGGAGAAUGUCGGCCACGACGGCAGGGACCGCAACGCUGUUGGUUGGAGGUACGGUGUUCCCUUCCAUGACCGCAAGCGGUCCCAGGUCAAGAUCCCUACCAAGGUGGAGUAAGAUCUCUUGGUUUUGUGGAUGUUGUCUCAAGUUGUGGGAUAUGAUGGUGAUGGUGAGGGGUUUUUCGUUGCCCGUUCAUUCACAGCAGCCUUUUUUUGGGGGCUUAGCA